ACGCCAUCGCCUUCCUUCUCCAAAAUACUUUUUUCACCUGAAAAUCAAAGCUUAAUAACCCCAAUCGCCACCGGCCCCCCACCCUCCUCCUCACUAACAUGCGCCAUCAGCUGCUCUCCUCCUCCAUAGCCAUGGCACCUUCCUCCUCCCUUUCUCUCUCAAAACCCCUCAAAAAACCCUCAAACUCUAUCCGCUCAAACCCUAAUGUGAAUUCGCAGAAUUGCCCCUCCUCCGCCGCCGCCGCCGGCGGCCACUACCUCUGCAAGCACUCCCCGUCGGCCACGCUCGACCUCCUCAUCCUCAUUCUCGUCCUCUUCUCCGGAGCCUUCCUGAUCUCCUCCUACUUCUCCUACAUCUUCCAUUCACUCUCCCUCCUCGCGCCCUCCUUCUCCCUCGCCGCGCUUCUCUCCCACCUCCGCGCCGUCGACGUCCAAAUCCAAUACGUCCUCUUCAGCUUCUUCUUCGUCGUCUUCCUCACGGCCGUGAUUGCCUUCGAGAUCUGCUGCGGCAACCGAUCCCGGAAAUGCGGGAAAUCCGGCUGCAAAGGUUUGCGGAAAGCUAUGGAGUUUGACUUGCAGGUUCAGGACGAGGAGUGCUUGAAAGUCGGGAGUGAGAGUAAGGCUGUGAGAGAGAUCGACGAGCUGCCGUGGAAAGGCGGGAGUGAGACUAACCUUGAUUAUGAGUGCCUCCGUGCUGAGCUGAGGAAGAUGGCGCCGCCGAACGGGCGGGCCGUGCUUCUUUUCCGGGCUAAAUGUGGGUGCCCUAUCGCCAAGCUCGAAGGCUGGGGCCCCAAGCGUGGACGUCGCCACAAGAAGAGUCUGGCUCUUAGCGGUAAAGAUCACCGCUAGUUGACUGCUAUGGCUACGUCAUUGGGAUCUCGUCUAUACACCUUCUUCUUCUGCUGUCGCUGCCAUCUUGUGGUUUUAGAAGCCAUUCCAUGUUCUCAAGGGACUCGCGCCCCUCCUCCUCGUCUAACUUUACCCAAUGAUACAGCUAAAAGUUGUCUAAAACCAUACUCACUGUAUACUCAUUAUCACCAAUUUUUUUUUCUCAUCUCUUGAAGGAUAUAUACAACAUUCACAUGGCAAUAAAUAUCAACUUGCUAGUUGGACAUCUGAAUGGCUUGUUCUGUGAACUCAUUCUCUCCCUCUUCUCAAGCCGAUUGUCUUUACUAAACUUACAGCUUUUUCUGUACUUAUAUUUCAUAAUCCCUUUGUGAAA